UCGAUGGUGUUUAUAUGAGAAAAUCUGAAACCGAUCGACCAACUACCAUUGUGUAUCUCGCAAUAUUCAGCGCGACAAGUCUAAGCAAAGUAAGUACAAGCGAGUAUUAUACGUGCGUAAGACGAUCCCAUUUUUUCAACGAAAAAAAAAUGUAAACAAAGGAGGGUGUACUUAUUAAGUUGUGGUUGUCAAAAAACCUUUGUUUUGAUUUGGUUUUCGGUUUUUGGUCAAAGAAACUAACAAUGUUAAUCCAAAAUGAUGGCGUUAAUGAUGGUGAAAAAAUUAUCGAACAACAAUCAUCAUUAACGAAUAAACAUCCGGAUGAUUUGGAAUCGAAUCGAAAUUAUCACAAACAUCAUUCGAAUAAUCAUCGAAAUGGAAUAACAACACAUUUAUUAUGUUCAUUUGUUUGGUGGACAGCAUUAUCAUUAAUAUCAUCAUUAUUGAUUACAGUUGGUUUUUGGUUACCAUAUUGGAUACAAGGAUUUUGGAUGAAUGAUAAUGAUCAAAAUGAUUUAAUUAAAAUAACAUUCAGUCCAUUUCGUCGUUGUAAUUUUCCAUUAUUAGAUCCAAAUAAUGAAGAUAAUGUUCAUAUAAUGUAUAAAUGUAUACGUUAUGAACAAUUUGAUGAUAUUCCAACACUUUCAUGGAAACUAACAACCAUAUUAGUUGGUCUGGGUGUUUUAUUUUCAAUAUUGGUAUCAUUGAUUCUUCUGUUUGCUUGUUGUAUGCCAAAUGCAUUAACAUCAUCAAAUACAUGUUUAUUAGUUAUUGCACAGAUUUUAAUUAUUUUGAUCAUAAUUGCCGGUUGUAUUAUCUAUCCACUUGGUUGGAAUGAACAACAACAACAACUGCAACAACAUCAAAAUAUAUGUGGUAAUUAUAAUUUGGAAAAACCAUUCGAAUUAGAAAAAUGUCAUCCAUCCUUAUCAAUUUAUCUAAUUGCAUUCGGUUUAAUUCUGCUUAUCAUUUGUUUAAUGUUUGGCUUAUGUACAUCACGUCAAUAUCGAAAAUUUUAUUAGACGAAUAAAAAAAAUUGGAAAAUUUUAUUGGAAAUUCAUUUUUUUAAAAACAUAAUUUUAUAAUACAA